AUGGCAUUGUAUGGCAGUCACUACUCGAGGGGUAAGCAGACAAUUGAUCCACCUAUGCCAUCUGGGGUUGAAGUUGAGGCUAGUAAAAAUGAUGAUGUGAUUAAGGUAAAUGGAGAGUUCGAGAUUGCGACAGAGAAGAAAGUGGAGAUAACUCAGAAAGUUGUUCCCAUACUUAGAACUCCACCUCCUUUCCCACAGAGGUUAGUAAAGAAGACUGAAGAAGUCAAAUACCGCAGUUUUAUUAAAGAAGGAGGAUCAUGUUGCUUUCCUAUUCCUUGUACCAUUGGGUUGCUACAUUUUGCAAAGGCGUUGUGCGAUUUAGGUGCUAGUAUCAAUCUGAUGUCAUUGGCUAUUUACAAGAAGUUGGGUUUAGAGGAUCCAAAAUCGACUGUGAUGCGACUGCUUAUGACUGAUAGAACUGUGAAAAAGCCCAUUGGUGUGCUCCAAGAUGUACUAAUGAAAGUUGAAUCUUUUAUCUUUCCGGCGGAUUUUUUGAUACUUGAUUGUGAUGUUGACUUUGAAGUUCCCAUUAUCCUUGAGACACCAUUCCUAGCCACUAGGCGCGCCUUGGUUGAUAUGGAGAAAGGGAAGAUGAAGUUCCGAUUGAAAAAUGAAGAGGCAACUUUCAAUAUCUCUAGGUCCAUGAAGUAG